AUGUCACGCCACCACCACCGCUUUGAGAGGGACUACCGGGGACCCUGGGAUCGGAGAGACAUCCGGCCCUCCGGCCUUCACAAUGGAGGAGCCAACCACAGUUGUGCCUCUGCCGUCGUCAAUGGCAACAACCGUCCGGGGCUGCUUCCCCUCCCGGUCAUCCCCUCCCUCCUCCCCACCCCGGGUACUGUUGCCGUGACAACGUCGAGCUGUGACCUAGUGGUCAAGCGAGGCAUCACGGCUGCAGGAUCUGUGGCGCCAGCCUCGGCCAAGGGGAGAGGAGAUAGGAGCCCCAAGAAAGCCCCAAACAGUCACAGUGCCAAAGCCCCCUGGAGCUUCGGGGACAAGCCAGCUACGCUGGGGGCGGAUCCAGCCAAGAGACCCGAGGCCCAGGGGCGCGCCCCACCAAGCCGCCACCAGGGCAACUGUCCAAUUCCACCUGUACUUAUCAAACCGUGGGCUCGCAUCCAGUCCGUGAGCGGGAAAAAGGACGGAGCGCUGCUAGCUGGCAGCCGUGCACCGGCACAGCCGCGUCCACGCGUACUAAGUUGUCCCUCUCCUUGCAGGUACGAUACAAUCACCAACACAUGGGAGACUGUUUCUCCUCUUCCUAAGCCGGUCCAUUCAGCGGCUGCCACUGUGUGCGGAGGAAAGAUCUACGUUUUCGGGGGCGUGAAUGAGGCUGGGCGCUCGGCAGGCGUCCUCCAGUCCUACAUACCCCAGACCAAUGCUUGGAGCUUCAUUGAAUCCCCCAUGAUUGAUAACAAAUACGCCCCUGCUGUGAGCCUAAACGGUUUUAUAUUCAUCCUGGGAGGAGCCUACGCUCGAGCCACCACUAUCUAUGACCCAGACAAAGGCAACAUCAAGGCUGGACCCAACAUGAAUCACUCUCGGCAGUUCUGCAGCGCUGUCGUCCUGGAUGGGAAGAUCUACGCCACGGGAGGCAUCGUGAGCAGCGAGGGUCCGGCCCUCGGCAACAUGGAGACGUUCGACCCUAGCACCAACACGUGGACGCUCUUGCAGUCACUGCCCUGCCCGCUCUUCAGACACGGCUGCGUGGUCAUUAAGAAGUACAUUCAGAGCGGCUGACGGUAGCUCCGACAUGGGAUGGUAACCGGGUCGCAGCCAAACACCAGCCGGACUCCCCCACCCGCCCCCGUGAGACGGCAGCUCAGAGCCGGCCGACCGUUCGGUCCGUCAGCAUCGAUCCACACGGCCAACCCCCCCCAAACCUUCCCCACCCGUGAAACGAAACCCCGUGCAGAAUGUACUCAUGUUCUACAUGCUACUUAGCCAUGCCAGGUGACAAUGCCUAACCUUCUAGUGCUGUACGUGUCAUGGUAGUAGUCCAUCCUCUCAUCCAACAGGCACAGGGACCCUCUUAGUAACUUAUGAGCUUUUGGGUUUAUUUAUGUGAAGUCGUCUUUUCGGUUGCGUCUCUUCCGGAUCUCAGUUGAAUCCACCACUUUCCCCCCCGUCUCCGAGCUCCGUGAAAGCCAUCGCAGCUCCAUACUUUUUGUCAUUUUGAGUCAUUAUGUUCGCCAGGUCUUGGUUCCAUAGAAGUUUCUUUGCGGCGUCUGGACGGUUCCAGAGUAGCGGCACUGUCAUGACGGGAGGAUCCCCCCCCGAAGGAGCCAAGCGGCUCUGUGUGUGAAUUCACCAGGCAGUUUCAGAAACCAGAUCGCGGCCUCUCUAGGACCCAGUUUGAAAUUUUCAACGAAUCAUGAAGCGUUGAAGAAGAUGCUCAAAUCUAGGUCACACGGAGUUCACAGGGGGAAAAAAAAUGUUGGGAUUUCAAGAUUAAGUUGCACAUGGGAAAAAUAAUCUGGAGGCUUCCUCCCUCCCUAUGCCUUUACUUUCUGGGACAAAGCUUACAUUAGGGGAGAGAGGAGGAAUUUCUCUUUCUGUCGCCGUCUGAUCUGAUACCGAAAGGGGGCAAAAAAAAAAAAAAAAAGCACAAUAUUCACCUGUGACUGUUAUCAUAGAUGUCAUCUGUUGAUCCAUGGGUUCUCUCGUCUUUCAUCUCCCCCCCCCCCUCUAUUUUCUGAUUUAUACGGUGUGUUUCAUUACAGCCCACAAAUGAUGUUGGGUUGGUGUUCUGUAAAUACAGGAAGGAAAUAUGUAUAUUUUACAACCUGAAAACAAUUCUGUAUAAAUGUUUUUAGAAAAAAAAAAAAGACUCAUAGGCUGGAUUCAAACAUAUGUCUGUAAAUCUGUACCCAAAAAGGAGCGACUAACAGUUAUUAUUAAACCCUAAUACAUAUACAA